CACAACCCCACAUCCCCACAUCCCCACAACAUACUAAGUCUUAGUAAAAAAAUUAAAAAUAAAAAUAAAAAUUUAAGAAAAAUACAAAAACAUUGAAACAAAAACAACGAAACAUAUUUAUUGUUGUUCCUGUUUUCUUUUAAUUUUUUAAUUAUUUAUUGAUUUAUUUUUUUGGGGUUUUGGGAGCUUGGUCAAGCCAGCUCCUAGCUGGGUCCCCUAUUGCAUCUUCCUCUGAAGGGUCUAAAGCGAUUUUUAAUUUCUGGGUUUGGUUGAUCUUUUCAAGGGGUCCAGCUUCUGGGUUUUGGUUCAAGGGUUGUGCUUGGUUUGGUAAUCCGGAAGUAAUUGGGAUGUGGAGGGAUUCAGGAGUUCCUGGUGAUUCUUUCUAUGAAGUCCGCCCCGAAUGCACCGAUGUUCCCAAAAGCCGCUUCAAGAUCAAGGCUGGUAAAACUCUAAGUGUAAGGAAAUGGCAGGCUGCAUUUACUUCUGAAGGAUAUCUGGAUAUUGGCAAGACUCUAAGCCGAAUCCAGCAUGGGGGAAUCCAUCCAUCAAUUAGAGGAGAAGUGUGGGAGUUCUUACUUGGUUGUUAUGAUCCCAAAAGCACAUUUGAAGAACGAGAGCAGAUACGACAACGUCGAAGGGUGCAGUAUGCUAGGUACAAGGAAGAGUGUCGGCAAAUGUUUCCUGUUGUUGGAAGUGGUAGGUUUAUUACUGCCCCUGUAGUCACUGAAGAAGGUCAGCCGAUUCAUGAUCCUUUAGUACUUCUAGAAACAAAUCCAGAAAAAGGAGUGCUUAUACCUCCUCAGGAUAGUGUGAAUGGUAAUACCAUGGCUAGUUCAAGCACCAAUGCUGCCAAUAAUAUGGAACCAGUGAAGGACAAGAAAAUAAUCCAAUGGAUGCUUACUCUACAUCAAAUAGGUCUUGAUGUGGUUCGCACUGACAGGACAUUGGUGUUUUACGAGGAUCAAGGACACUUAUCCAAACUUUGGGAUAUUCUAGCUGUUUAUGCCUGGAUAGAUACAGAUGUCGGCUAUUGUCAAGGAAUGAGUGAUCUCUGCUCCCCCAUGAUUAUCCUUCUUGAUGAUGAAGCUGAUGCAUUUUGGUGCUUUGAACGUUUGAUGCGAAGAUUGCGAGGAAAUUUCAGAUGCACUGAUAGCUCCGUUGGGGUGGAGGCACAACUCAGUAAUUUGGCUGCAAUUACUCAAGUUGUUGAUCCAAAACUUCAUCAGCAUUUAGAGACACUAGGUGGAGGUGAUUAUUUAUUCGCUUUUCGGAUGCUUAUGGUUUUAUUUCGUCGAGAAUUCUCAUUUUGUGAUUCAUUGUACCUAUGGGAGAUGAUGUGGGCUCUGGAAUACGACCCUGAUUUGUUUUCCAUGUAUGAAGAACCUGAUGCAGAAAAAGCUGAUGGAGCUAAAGGAAAAGCAAAGUCGAUACGUCAGUGUGGGAAGUAUGAAAGGGAAAAUAUGAGAAAUGCAGCAAAGAAUGCAGAAGGCCCCCUCCCCAUUUCAGUUUUUCUUGUUGCCAGCGUCUUGAAAGAUAAAAGCACAAAACUGCUACAGGAGGCUCGGGGUCUGGACGAUGUUGUUAAGAUAUUGAAUGAUAUGACUGGAAAUCUGGAUGCUAAAAAAGCUUGCUCUGGUGCUAUGAAACUUCACAAGAAAUAUCUAAAGAAGGCUAAGAAGCCAUAGCACUGGACAAAGCAUUUGGAUUGUUUGGCCAAUCAAGAAAUAAUAGAUUUUUUUACAUGCUUUGACUUGACUUGGGGGGGAGAGAGAGAGAGAGAGAGAAUAAUCUACUUCCACAUGAAUCUUGGCCACUGGAACAUCAACACGUGUACUAUUCCUGUCAUGCAUGUCUUCCUGUGCUAGCAAUCCUCCCCACUUACUGUAUAUCAAAACGUUGUUAAAAAUUGGAAAAAAAAAAAAGCAAAAAAUGUAUUUUCUAUAACCUUCUGUUUCUCUUUUCUUUUUCUUCUCUUAUUUUCUUCAUUCAUUCUUUUUUUUUUUUUUUCUGGUGGAAACCAUCUGUUGUUUGUAAUGAUUUGGUAGAACACCAAAAAGUACAAGAGAAAGGAAAAAAAAAUGAAAAGAAAACGAUGUUUACCUGGGGAUCAACUCCCAUUGAAUGAAAUAAAAAAAUAAUUUUGUA